AUGGCCAUGUCCCUGAAUGAACCAACUAGCGGUCAGUCUGACGCGCACAGCAACAAGGAAACAACUGCUGAAGCGGAUAUCGCAAAGUCAUCGCCUAACUCUGAGCCCGGUGAGCCGGGCGGUGACCAAAAAGCUACCAAUGACAUUUCCACUACUGAAGGUGAUGCAGACUCCGCCAACGUAGAAGAGGCUUCCGAUGCUAUUGAUGGAGGGAUUCAGCUUGGUGUUGAAUCUGAGGAAAAGAAGAAGAAGAAGAAGAAAAAGAAGUCUAAGAAGAAGGGUGCUGCCGCUCGAAAAAAUGUUACUGGCUUCGAAGAAUUCUAUGCCGAUGCUCCCAUAACUCCGGCCGAAGCUGCCAAGGAGAAGAAAGAAAUCUAUAAUGCAUCACGCUCCUUCUCUGACCGUAUCGAAGAAUGCAUCCAGAGAUACCGAGCUAGCCGCCGAAUGGAUAGCGAACGUCUUAUGCUCUUCAACAAAUAUUUGUGGCUCGGGGGCAUCGACUCAUCUCCACGCCAGUUCACCGGCUUUGCCGAGGAUCGCGAUGCUCUUGCCGAGGCAGACGCUGAUGAGAUUCGCCAGAUGACGGCAACCGACUUCAUUGGCGGUAGUGGUAUCCGUUUCUACGAUCCUCUAGAGCCUGAACAUUGGUUCGUUGACUUCGAGGGCAUCGUGAAAUGUUUCCUAUCUAGAGUUGUCCCAAUCAUCUACAUGUACGAUGAGGCAGCUAAUAUCCAAGCUGCGGGCCUCGUCAAGAAUUUCCUUAACUAUGUUCUGAUGCACGACGUUUGCCCCGAGUACACCUUUGAUAUCAUGGCUGCUAGAAGAAUCUGCGACGCUGCCCCUUAUGAAUUACGCAUGAUGCACGAGCUUAUUCUUUCGCUCCCGGGUGCCUUUAAUACUGCCGCGCACUCGCUUUUCUGCGACCGACAGGUGGACAAGCAUGAUGUGCCUGAUAACUAUGAUAAGCUGAUUGCAUUCCGUGUUACAGUCUUCUCAUCAGCACUUGACCAGAAAAUCAAGAAACGACUUAUUGACUCCGAUCCUACUGCUAUUCGCGUUGUUAACACAAAGGAAGAGACUUACGAAGUGGUGGAUAUAAUCCUGCCGCGCCAGCGAGACAUCGUGAUGGUAAAGGAACAGUUAGAGGAAGCUGGCCAUUCCGGCAAAGGAAAACCGGCUGGCAUUCUUGUUCUAAAGCCUUCUGUCGUUGACUUCGGCUUCAAUAACUUGCCUCGUCCGGAUCAAGUUGACUUCACUGGCGCAGAGUUAGAAGACUACUUGCUUGAAGACGAUUUACUUGAAAAGUUCGACAAGGGAAUGAAGAUCAAGGCCAUUGUAUGCGAGCUCAAUAUUGGUGUUCGCUUCAUCAAGGCGGUCAAGAACGUCCACGUCUCUUUUGACCUAUUCUUACCUCAGAUCCUAAUGGAGAACUGGAAGGACCCUGCCCCUAGCACGCGCCCACCUCCAUCAGCCUCUAACCCAAAUAUUGAGGAGAAAGCCAUAGUUGAUGAUGACUAG